AUGCGCCCAGGAGCUUGUGCAUUGCAGCAGACCCUCACAGCAGAGGCUGCUUCAGUGUUGAAGCACUCUCUGGGCUUUGCUCGUAGGAGGGGCCAUGCACAGGUCACUCCUCUGCAUGUGGCCACCACGUUGCUCAGCUUAAGAGCCAGUUCCUUCAGAAGGGCUUGUCUUAAAUCUCAGCCUCACCAACAAACUUCACAUCCUCUUCAAUGCAGAGCUCUUGAGCUGUGUUUCAAUGUGGCUCUCAAUAGGCUCCCAACAACACCGGGUGCUUUGAUCCACACUCAACCUUCUCUUUCCAAUGCUUUGAUUGCUGCAUUGAAAAGAGCACAGGCACAUCAGAGAAGGGGAUGCAUAGAACAACAGCAACAACAACCACUUCUCACCAUCAAGGUUGAGCUUGAACAGCUCAUUGUAUCCAUUCUAGAUGACCCUAGUGUUAGCAGGGUUAUGAGAGAGGCUGGGUUCUCUAGCACUGCUGUUAAGAACAAUAUAGAGGACUCUUCAGCCUCUUCUGUUUUUCAGUGUUACAACAGUUCUGGUGGUGUGUUUUCUUCUCCUUGUUCACCUUCUACUUGUGAGAGCCAUAGGGAAACCAUCAACCCUAGUAAUUUCAGCCAGAACCAUUUCUUAGCUGCUUACACUUCUGAGUUCAACUCAGUUUUCUUUUCACCACCAAAGAAAGCCCCAGCUGUUUCUGUUCCAUCAGGUGGACUUGGUUUGAGUCUCCAUGCUUCCAGUGUCCUUGAUUCAAAGAUGACCAUCUCCCAGAACCCAUCUCAUAUGUUGGAAACAAAGCCCUUUAGUAACAAGGAUCAGCAGGAAAAGCUCAAUUGCUGUGAAGAAUGUGCCUCCAAUUACGAAAAAGAAGCUCAAUUUCUUAGACCAGGAGAGAAGAAAAUCUUGCCUUUCUGGCUUCAGUCUCAUAGCACCGAAGCCCAUAAAAAGGAUGAAUUAACACAGCUGAAAAGAAAAUGGAAUAGACUAUGUCACUGUCUCCACCAAAGCAAACAGCCUCAGAACCACAGUAGCAGGAACAACAAUUACAGUUCGAAUGAAAAGAUGUACCCCUAUAAUUUAUCAAGUUCUAUAUACUUUGCCAACGAUGCUGCUAAACCAACUUAUAGCUCCAAUCUAAUACCUCGAUUCAGGCGUCAACAAUCAUGCACCAUUGAGUUCAAUUUCAGCGAUAAAAAGCAAGCAACAGAGCCAAUCUUGGAUUCUCUUGAGAGCGUGGAAGGUAAAGAAGUAAAGAUUACUCUUGCUCUUGGAAAUGGUGGUUCAGGUGAAAUGGGGGAAAAUAUAACUGAUAGAACACUGCAACGAGCUCAUAUUUGUAAACUAUUGCAGGAGAAUGUGCCAUGGCAAUCUGAGAUUGUUCCUUCAAUAGCAGAGGCCUUGGUUGAUUCCAAAUCAGCAAAGCAAAGUAACAUCACUUGGUUAUUUAUCAAAGGCAAUGACUCCAUUGGAAAAAGAAGGUUGUCACUUGCUGUUGCAGAAUCAGUUUUUGGCUCAGCUGAUAUGCUUCUUCACUUGGACAUGCUAAAGAAAGAGACUUCAAUAGCCCCAUUUUCAGAAAUGCUUGCUGGAGCAUUGAGAACCCAUCAACAGCUUGUGAUCUUGAUAGAAAAUGUUGACUUUGCUGAUGCCCAAUUCAAGAAAUUCCUCUCAGAUGGAUUUGAAACAGGAAAGUUUGGAAAUUUAAGAACCACAAAGGACAAAUCAGGCCAAUUAAUAUUCAUAUUGACAAAUGGUGGCUCCACAAGCAUGGAAGAACAGAAUCAGGACUCGGUUAUGAAGUUAUUGUUGCAGAUCAGUGAAACCAAGACUAACAUAGAGACACCUUGUUUUGGCCACAAGCGCAGAGCUGAACUUGAUUUGUUUUCCAAUAUCAAGAGCCCCAGAAUUGAAGAGAAUUCUAAGGAAAGGAACAGAAAAAAACACUUUUCAAGACAAUCAAGCUUCAACACCCUUGAUCUGAACAUAAAAGCUGAUGAAGAGGACAAAGCAGGGGAAAGUAGUCCCAUUUCAAGUGAUUUAACUCGAGAAACUAUAGCUGAUCCUUUGAACCCAAAUGGAUUUCUUGACUCAAUUGAGAACCAGUUUGAGUUUAAUACAAGUCCAGCUAGGAACAAGGAAAUGGAAGAGCUUUUUUUAUCCAAGAUCAAAGGGUCCUUUGAGGAGGUUUGUGGCAUGCAACAUGUGAUGAAUUUUAGUGUAGAUGAGAGGGUGAUUGAGGAUGUGGGUAUUGGGUGUAGUUCUUUUACUAACAGCUUGUUUGAGAAAUGGCUUAGAGACAUUUUUCAAAGCAGCUUAGAGACAGUUAACUUUGGAGGGAAGGAGGGUAUACGUUUUAACCUUUGUUGGGGUGGUAAAGGUAAAGGAGAUAGAAAAUUGGAUAGUGGGUUCAUGACUUCAUCCUUGCCCAAGAGUAUCCAAGUACAGUACUUCAUAGAGUGA